GAGCCCUUGCCGGUGUCGCGUCCCCCCGCGCUCCCCGCGGCCUGCGCUGAGCUCGCCGGCUUCUGAACUGCGCUUGGGGACUUUGGAGGGGCCGAGCGUGGUCUGCGAACACCGGGAGCGUAACAGAACAGCACUUAAGCAACAUGCGGGGAAACCGCCGCUGCACCGGACAAGUUUUGGAUAACCGGAGUCGGGCUCCUUGGAGUCUGUCAUCUAUAACAGAUUUCUUCUGGUCCAUAGCAGAUUUUGUGGUUCUGUUUUUCCAGAGCAUUAUUCAACCCGAUUUGAGAAGAAGAGGUUAUACAUCUUCCUCCUAUUCAGGAUACAAUGACAGAAGAGGGCCUCCAGCAAAUCCUCGCCGUAGGAUGGGUCGAAUAAAUCACUGGGGUGGAGGCCCCAGUCCACCACCAAUGGCUGGGGGUGGAUGAGGAAGGUAAAUGCCUGCUGAAGAGGCAGGCACAAGUGUACACAUUUGCAAGAUGAAAGGAAGAAGAGUUUAGUGGUGGACCAAAUGAGUUUGAAUAUUGUGAAUGUGUACAUCUGACUGGAAACUGUUCUGUGAUAUAAGCAGAUUAAUGAAGUUGUACUGGGAACUCCUUCAAGGAUCCAGUGUAACUGAACCACAGUUUUAUUAAAUACGUGUUUACUGUCUAAAGUCUUUGUAUAGUUUCUGAAUAAGUAAUAAGUAAAUUAUAUUUGGCUUGUCACAA